AUGAUCGCGACGUACCCACGAGUCCUUGGCUACAGCAUUGAGGUUGCCAAGAUGAUCGCAACGUUUCCGGCUGUGCUUGGCUGCAGCAUUGAAGCAAAUCUGAAGCCAACGGUUGAGUGGAUCAAGGGGUUGGGCCUGAGCCGGUCGCAGGUUGCCAAGAUAAUGCAGAGAUAUCCGCAAAUGCUUAGCUUGAGCAUUGAAGCAAAUCUGAAGCCAACGGUUGAGUGGAUCAAGGGGUUGGGCCUGAGCCGGUCGCAGGUUGCCAAGGUGAUACAGACGUUUCCGCAAGUGCUUGGCUAUAGCAUUGAGGCAAAUCUGAAGCCAACAGUUAAGUGGAUCAAGGGGUUGGGUCUGAGCCAGUCGCAGGUUGCAAGGGUGGUCACAACGUUUCCGCCUGUGCUUGGCUAUAGCAUUGAGGCCAACCUCAAACUGAAACAUUGCCUUUUGCAGAAGUACUUUGCUGGAGGGAAGGCCGAGGCUUUGCUGGCGCAAGCACCGCGUCUGUGGAGCUACAGGUUCACUCGACUUCAGCACCGUCUCGGUGUCCUGAAGUCUCAAGGUCAGCUUUCGAAGCUUGCAGGCGCCAUGACCAUGCCACUGGAUGCCUUCAACCGCAGAUUCCCCAAUCCAGGCUGUCGGCCCUGGAAUCACGUUGGUCAAUGCGGCUGGAGGAGGAGUGCCCUCGUCUGCUUCAGCUGCUCCAGGAGGGAGCGCUGGCAUACCAGAAGGGCUUCAUUGCCCUGCCGCACGCUCCGCGUGUCACCAUCCGGUUCAUCCGCACUAUCGAGCCUGCCUACCCUUUGCGCGAGCUGCUGA